UUCGCUGACAAGUACCUCACUGGUUGUCGCGCUGCCCGGCCGCCGGGGCCCGGUGGGAGCCGGCCGGGGGUGCGCAGGGCCCGCCUCCGGGCGGCGCUUGGGCUCCAUGCGCUGCCCCAGCUCGGGCAGGCGGAGGCCCGAGCAGAGCUGUCUCCUCUCCUGCGGUUAGCACCUGGAGGCUUGCAGGAGUUCCUGAAAAGUCAGUACAGAAGUCUAGCGCAAGUUCUUCUGCUCUUUAUUAGAGAAACUGACCGCCGAGAGGAGCCCUCUCGUUGUCCGACGCAGGACAAGCCGCGUGAGCAAGCAUUUCUCGCUGUGGCAGCCGCCGCCGACCCAGCAGCAGCACAGUCUGGAGUCCUCAUCGCCUCCUGCUGCGCUGCGGCUGCGCCCCGGCCCGUUCCUGCUGCCCACGAAACCUCACGGCCUGCCGAGUGUCCUCUGAUCUACACACACUCCUGGGCUCAGCACUGUGUGCACCAAAUCUCAUUCUUCUGCGUGGGCCAAGCAUGUGAUCCUGUUCAGAAUCCUGCUACUGAUGUUCAUUUUGCUCCAUCAGCUAAGAUUGAGAACGAACUGUUGAGAACGAACAGAUAUUGUGCCUUCAGUGUGGAUCUUCACCUCUCGCCCAGUCAUGGAGUUUCUGACCUCCUGCAGACAGGCUCCAGCUGUCUGGAGGACAUCCUCCAGGACAGGAAGAUGCCUAAUACAGGCUGA